AUGGAGAUGGCGAGCGCGAGGAAGAGGGCGAAGCAGAGCGGCGACCAGAUCGUGCUGUGGGGCGCCUGCGUGCUCCUCUCCUCCCUCUCGCUGCUCGUUGCCGCCGCCUCCUCGGGCUUCGGCGCCGCUAGGCCCACCGGGGAGGUCAGCGCGCUCGUGAGGGCCACGAGCGGCGUCGUUCACGCGGGGGCCGACGUCGGCGGCGGGUACUGCGGCGACGACGACGACCUCAGCAGCAUGUCCGUCGACGGCGAGUGGGUGCGCGACGCCGAGCGGCGCCCGCUCUACGAGCCGGGGCAGUGCCCGUUCGUCGACGAGGGGUUCAGGUGCAGGGAGAACGGCCGGCCGGACGGCGACUACGCCAAGUGGAGUUGGCGGCCAAGGCGCUGCACGCUGCCAAGAUUCGACGCCAAGAAGCUGCUCGAGAUCCUCCGGAACCGGCGCCUAGUGUUCGUCGGCGACUCGAUCGGGCGGAACCAGUGGGAGUCGAUGCUGUGCAUGCUCUCCUCGGCCGUCGCCGACAAGGCCUCGGUGUACGAGGAGAAUGGGAACCCCAUCACCAAGCACAAGGGCUUCCUCUCCUUCAGGUUCCGGGACCACAACUGCACCGUGGAGCAUUACCGGUCGCCCUACUUGGUCCGGCGCAGCCGUCCGCCGCGCCGCGCGCCGAAGCGCGUGGAGUCCACGCUGCAGUUAGGCGCCAUGGAUUUGAGGGCUCCCCAGUGGAAGGACGCGGAUAUUUUGGUGUUUAACACGGGGCACUGGUGGAACCAAGAAAGGUUACAACAAUUAGGAUGCUACUUCCAGGACGGUAAGAAGCUGCGGCUGAACAUGAGCGUCGACGACGCCUACCAAAGAGCGGUGAAUACGCUGGAAAAAUGGAUUCAGAGGGAAGUGAACGCCACAAAAACUCUGGCCGUUCUCCGAACAUACUCACCGGCACACGCAAGGGCCGCAAACAGUGGAGGCUGUGCCACGGAGACGCUACCGGAGCUGAACACUUCCAAGAUCGCCCUGCACCGGUGGCCGGGCAUGCUGAACCCGGCUUUUGAAGCACCGAGAGCACACACCGCGCCGAAGCUUCAUGUGCUGAACGUCACCCUGAUGACGGCGCAGAGGAGAGACGGCCACUCGUCGAUAUAUAACGUCGGCCCGUCGUCAAGGAUGCCGGCGGGGCAGAGGGCGGACUGCAGCCACUGGUGCCUGCCCGGCGUCCCAGACGCGUGGAACGAGCUCCCCUACGCUUUAAUUAUCAGGAGGAUUCUAGGAGGCGCUGCAGCCUGCAAGAAGCAGCUGGAGCUGACCAGAGUUGGAAAUGGAGAGGAAAGGAACAAGGCCGAGGCCCCUACCGCUGCCGUCGCUGCACCUACAAGUCUACAACCUUUGUUGCUGCUCCGCCUUCGGCAUCUGUCGCCAUUGAACCAUAGCCGUGAGCUUGCAUUGUUGAUUGGUUCGAAAGUGCUCCAGGACAGUUGA